CUUCCCCUUCGGAUUUUCCCCCUCCCCCCUUUUCUCCCUUUCCUGCUUCGGUUCCCCCUUUUAUUUCCCUCACCCCCUCCUUCCCAAGCCCCUUUCCCUUCCCCCGCCCUAGUCCCCCUGCUCCUCCGCCCUGGGCCCGGGGGUGGGGGGAAGCCCCCACCGAGAAGAGCCCGCCCCUAGCAGCGUGCCGCCGGCCGUCGGGGCCGAGCCGCAGCGGAGCGGCCGUGGGCCCGGGCGGCGGGCGGAGACGUGGGCACCCUCCCCGCUGCGGCCUGCGCGAGGUUAAUCUUGUUUCUUGUAUGUGAUGCCAUACCAGCACUGGACUCAUGGAGGCUGAGCCUUUGUUCAGUCUUUUUCUUCUGAAAGGGAGGGGACGGAGAAAAGGAAGAAGAAAAAUCCAUCUGAAGCUGUGCGGUGUCCAUAGAAGCUACUGUAUUUUAUUGAAAAACAUGUCUAACAGUAACACUACUCAAGAGACCCUGGAAAUAAUGAAAGAAUCAGAAAAAAAACUGGUGGAAGAAUCUGUAAACAAAAGCAAGUUUAUAUCCAAGACUCCAAGUAAGGAAGAACUUGAAAAAGAAGGUGAAGAUACCAGUUUGCGUCAAGAAACCCAGAGGCGGACAUCCAACCAUGGUCAUGCAAGGAAAAGAACCAAGUCUAAUUCCAAGCUAAAGUUGGUACGAAGCCUGGCAGUGUGUGAGGAGUCUUCUACCCCAUUUGCUGAUGGGCCACUUGAAACGCAGGAUAUAAUUCAGUUGCACAUCAGUUGUCCCUCUGACAAGGAGGAAGAAAAGUCCACUAAGGAUGUUUCUGAAAAAGAAGACAAGGAUAAAAACAAAGAGAAAAUCCCAAGGAAGAUGCUCUCCAGAGACUCCAGCCAAGAAUAUACAGACUCCACUGGAAUAGACCUGCAUGAAUUUAUUGUAAAUACACUGAAAAAGAACCCAAGGGACAGAAUGAUGCUGCUAAAAUUAGAACAGGAGAUUCUGGAAUUUAUUAAUGACAACAAUAACCAGUUCAAGAAGUUCCCUCAGAUGACCUCAUAUCACCGGAUGUUAUUACACCGGGUUGCUGCCUACUUUGGGAUGGACCACAAUGUUGAUCAAACUGGGAAAGCUGUCAUCAUCAACAAAACGAGUAACACAAGAAUUCCUGAGCAGAGGUUCUCAGAACAUAUAAAGGAUGAGAAGAAUGCAGAAUUUCAACAGAGGUUCAUUCUGAAAAGAGACGAUGCCAGUAUGGACCGAGAUGAUAACCAGAUCAGAGUUCCAUUACAGGAUGGAAGGAGGAGCAAGUCAAUAGAAGAGAGAGAGGAGGAAUAUCAAAGGGCCCGAGAGAGAAUAUUUGCCCGAGAGACUGGCCAGAACGGAUAUCUAAAUGACAUCAGACUCUCCAAAGACGCCUUUUCUUCUAGCUCUCACAAGAGAAGGCAGAUUUUUAGGGGGAAUCGUGAGGGGUUGAGUCGCACCUCAAGCAGCCGCCAGAGCAGCACAGACAGCGAACUCAAAUCCCUGGAGCCACGGCCUUGGAGCAGCACAGAUUCAGAUGGGUCUGUCCGGAGCAUGCGACCCCCAGUCACCAAAGCCAGCAGCUUCAGCGGAAUCUCUAUCCUGACCCGAGGUGACAGCAUUGGCAGCAGCAAAGGUGGCAAUGCGGGAAGGAUCUCCAGGCCAGGUAUGGCACUAGGUGCCCCAGAAGUGUGCAACCAGGUCUCAUCCCAGGCUGUCCGGGGCCUUCUGCCUUGUACUGUCCAGCAGCAGCAGCAACAACAGCAGCAACAGCAACUUCCUGCUCUCCCACCCACGCCUCAGCAUCAACCACCCUUGAAUAAUCACAUGAUCUCACAGCCAGUCCCAGCUCUGCAGCCCUCUCCGCAGCCUGUUCCGUUCUCUCCAAGCUCCUGUCCCCAAGUCCUUCUGCCAGUCUCUCCGCCCCAGCAGUACAACAUGGCAGAUGACCUCAGCAACCCCUUUGGACAAAUGAGCCUCAGUCGUCAAAGUUCUACUGAAGCAGCUGACCCUUCCUCAGCUCUAUUCCAGCCCCCACUUCUCUCCCAGCACCCUCAGCAGACUAGCUUCAUCAUGGCUUCCACAGCACAGCCCCACCCCACUUCCAAUUAUUCCACCUCUAGCCAUGUACCACCUACUCAGCAAGUCCUGCCACCCCAGGGCUACAUGCAGCCUGCUCAACAGAUCCAGGUUUCUUACUACCCUUCUGGACAGUAUCCCAACUCCAAUCAGCAAUACCGAUCUGUCUCUCACCCGGUGGCCUACAGCCCCCAGCGUGGUCAGCAGCUGCCUCAGCCAUCCCAGCAGCCUGGUUUACAGCCCAUGAUGCCUAACCAGCAGCAGGCAACUUACCAAGGCAUGAUUGGGGUCCAGCAACCCCAGAACCAGGCGCUACUCAACAACCAGAGGAGCAGCAUUGGGGGCCAGAUGCAAGGCCUGGUGGUUCAGUACACUCCACUGCCUUCUUACCAAGUCCCAGUGGGUAAUGACUCACAAAAUGUGGUUCAGCCGCCUUUCCAGCAACCCAUGCUGGUCCCUGCGAGCCAGUCUGUGCAAGGAAGUCUCCCAGCCGGGGGUGUACCUGUGUACUACAGCAUGAUGCCACCUGCUCAGCAGAAUGGUACGAGCCCUCCUGUGGGGUUCCUGCACCCGCCAGGCUCUGAGCAGUACCAGAUGUCUCCGUCUCCCUCUCCAUGCAGUCCACCGCAGAUGGCACAACAGUACUCAGGAGUGUCGCCUUCUGGACCUGGUGUGGUGGUCAUGCAGCUGAAUGUCCCAAAUGGACCCCAGGUGCCCCAGAAUCCAUCCAUGGUGCAGUGGAAUCACUGUAAAUAUUACAGCAUGGAGCAGCGCAACCAGAAGCCUGGAGACCUGUACACUCCUGACAGUAGUCCCCAGGCCAGCACCCAGCUGAGCAGCAGCCCCGGCACCUCUCCCACCCAGUCGCCAGCACCCUCUCCUGUCACCAGCCUCAGCAGCGUCUGCACAGGCCUCAGUCCUCUGCCUGUCCUCACACAGUUCCCCCGGCCUGGAGGGCCCGCACAGGGUGACGGACGUUACUCCCUCUUGGGCCAGCCAUUACAGUACAAUCUGUCCAUCUGCCCUCCCUUGCUCCAUAGCCAAUCAACUUACACGGUGCACCAGGGACAAAGUGGAUUGAAGCAUGGAAACCGGGGCAAAAGACAAGCACUCAAAUCUGCCUCCACUGACCUGGGGACCACAGAUGUUGUCCUGGGGCGGGUCCUGGAGGUGACAGAUCUCCCUGAGGGCAUCACUCGUACCGAAGCGGACAAACUAUUCACUCAGCUUGCAAUGUCUGGCGCCAAGAUACAGUGGCUCAAGGACACUCAGGGGCUGCCUGGUGGGGGCAGUGGGGAUAGUGGUGGGACUGCCGAGAAUGGCCGCCACUCGGACCUUGCCGCCUUGUACACCAUCGUGGCUGUAUUCCCCAGCCCCCUGGCUGCCCAGAACGCCUCUCUUCGCCUGAACAACUCCGUCAGUCGCUUCAAACUUCGAGUGGCCAAAAAGAAUUAUGACCUGAGGAUCCUGGAACGAGCCAGCUCCCAAUAAAUGAACACAGGGUUGGGAGGGGGGUGGUGGGCGCAACAGGGGUGGGGCAGGAUCCUUACA